AUGAGAUUUUAUGAGGCAACUUUAGAGAUUGGCUCACUUUCGAGUUUGGAACGGGAAGCUAGGACAGCCUUCGAAGGUCGUACUAAGAUUUAUGGACUUUUAAUGAACCGAGAAGAAUUUCUGCCUUUCUUUGCUACCAUUAAUCGAAAUUCUGCGCACAUUUCAACGUCAUUGAAUGCUGAUUAA